AUGGUAAUUGAUCCGCAGGAGACGGUGGAUCCCAACACCAUGGCAGGAGAUGGGGUGAACCUGACCUCCGCAAGGGAAGCCCGCAAGCGGGCCGAACUCGAUGCGCAGCUCUUGGCGAAUCGCAUCGCCUUGCUGAAGCAGGAGGAGGAGAAGGCCUGGAAAAAGAUUGAAGAGACCAAGAAGCGCGCUGCGGAGAUUGUGGAGCUCCGGAAGCAAAAUGAGCAGAAGUUCUCGGCAAAGGAACAAUUUUAUAAGCAGAAGUGGGAGUCCAUCCGUUCUGCUCAGACGCAGAAUGCCCAGCAGAGGGAAAAGGCCAAGGCCGUGCGCGAGCAAACGAGACACGGCUUGAUGGAACAGAAGCAUGUCAACGCUCAGAGCACCAAGCAGCAGUCGCAGCAUAUGCUGCUACAAAAGAAGGAGCGUGAGGCGGCCGAACGUCAAGCCAAUCUUGAGAGGUCUUCCUAUUUGAAGCAGAGAAAGGAUGAUGCCAAGCGCCGGAUGGAAGAGGAGCGCAUGGGCAAAUUGGAGAAAUAUCGCGAGGACUACGAGGCCAGAACCGCACAAGAGGAGAUGCUGCGCGCACGAACCGAUGCCCUGGUGGCGAAGAUGGAGAAGGAAGAGAUGGAACUCAUACAGAGGUUGCAGAACACCCAGACGGUGCAGCGCAACGCCUACGAAGAGCUGGAGGCCGCUUUGGGCCAGACCAGUCAACAGAUUUCCUCCUCACGAGGCCCAGCCCCACGUCCUGCGGCAUGA